GUCCAUCAAGAUGAUGCUGAGGGCGAUAAGAAGCGAAUCCCAUGCCCGAUCGAUCCAAAUCAUACAGUGUACGAGCGGAACCUCGAGAAGCAUAUCGCUGUGUGCAGUAAAACGAAGGAUAACGACUUCAUUAAAAGACAACCACUUUACGAUGAGGGAUAUAAUAUACCCGAGGGAAAGAGGCCAGACCCUACACUAGAUGGUGUUUCUAUUACCAAUGGUGAUAAUGAGGAUGAGGACGCUGUGAGAAAGUUAUCAGAUGAGCUCAGGAAGGAUAGCACUACUGAGAGAAUCGAUAUUGAAGGUGAGGCCAUCAGUUGUGAAGAUGAUCCGUCGAAUGUGACCACUCGAGUGAGUGAGAGUAUAGUGUCCAAUGCUGUAGCAGAUAAGCACGACAUACAGAACGGCAGAUUGUUGAGGAUUAUGGAGAAAGAGGGCAUGUUGAGUAGUUGUGAUGAUGAUACCGCUCUUCAUUGA